UCUUCUGCUUUUAGUGCUGAUGUCCUUCAUCCACGCUGGACUCACUCAAGCGAUACCAAAACCUGUAGUGAAGGUGAGUCCAGAUCAGCGUGUGUUCAGAGGAGAGACAGUCACUCUCACAUGUGACAUACAGAGAGCAGGAAACAUUCAGUGGACAUACAGCUGGUUUAAAGAUGGAAACACUUUAUAUCCAUACAGAACAACAACAACAGCAGAGUACAGUUUCAGUGCUUAUUAUGUGUCUGACAGUGGUGACUACAGCUGUAGAGGACAGAGAUCAGACAUCAGUGCUGCUGUUACACUGACUGUAUCAG